AUGUCCAGCACCAGUGCCGACUUCGAACUUUCUGAGCUGCAGAAGUACUACCAUCUGCCGCUGCGGGAAGCUGCACGCCGCCUCGGUAGCUGUGAGGCCGUGGUCAAGCGCGUCUGCCGCCGGAAGCAAAUCCAACGGUGGCCGUACCGUCAGGUGUCGUCCAAGCUCAUUAAGAUUCAGCACUUGUGCAAGUACAUGGCGCACAUGUCGGACGCCGAGCAGAAGGCUCGCAUUCAGCAAAAGAUUAAGCAGCUCACGCAGGAAUAUCUGGAGCUCGUCGGCGGUCAAGUGCCGACCGAGCUGCAGCUCACGCCUGCUGACGUGCCGGCCCUACCACCGCCGAGCUACAGGGGCGACACCCCAAUGGAUCCAGCCGUGCUGGCCGCUGCUUCCGACGAUGAUGCCGGCCACAAAGAGGAGGAUGAUGACAUGGACGAUGAUGCUACCGAGUCUUCCGGCGAGCAGCGGCUGUCCGCGUACUCGCUGCGCUUCAUCCUGUCCGACUGCACAGUGCUCGAAACUGACACAGGCCUUCACUUCAGCACCACCGCAUAG